GGCGUUUCCCACUGCGGACACCGUCUUGAACAAGCUAGGCAGAUGUAGCGAUAUAAUGCCGUCCAGCUCGUUCAUCCCAGACAGCUCUUACGCACCGGCGCCCUCCUGGAUAACAAACGCUUAUGGAACCUUUUCCUGUCAACACGGUGGCCAUAACCGUCCUUUCGGCAGAGGAAGUGCAGAUUCUUCAGGAAAUGCAGCAGUAUCGGGAUGGACUUCGAAGGCGCUUUCAGUCCGCGCCCUUAGCCUGCCAUCGAUGCAACAGGCUGAAAGAACAAGGGGAUCUCUCAACUGAGCAGGAAGACUGUCCUAACUGUGGCCGAGACGAUUUGAACCGCAUUGGAGCACCUGCCCCUGAACCAGCUUCCCAGCGUACCCAAGCGUCUUUUCAUCGGGUUGCAAGAAUCCCACAGCACGCAUCUUCUUCCCCUGAAUCUGUCUUAAUAGCGGGAGGAGACUAUUCCGACAUCGAUGUGUCCGAUGCCAGCGGCCCUUCAGGAUGGUCGUGGUCCACUCCCACCUGGGAGUCACCAGGGUCUUCAUUCAAACCCAGAGCUUCUGCCUGCCUGAGUUGCAAAAGAUUGAAGAUCAAGUGCAUACGCCGGAGUAGGGGAACACGCUGUGAACCCUGUUUGGCAAACCAUGAGCGCUGUUUUGUUCAGGCUCGCUCUCCAAGAGAAAAGAGCCAGAGAUAUGUCGAUGAUACGCCAGCUGAAGACACGGACGAAGAUAUAACAAUGGAUGAACUAGGAGCGUACCUUGAGCCAGAAGACUGUCCUACGCCUGUCGAACAGUGUCAACGAGACGCUAUCGCGGAAGAACCUACAACCCAUCAACGAGCGAUUCCGCCGGAUCUCCAGAAACAGCCCAACCAUCCGCCUGGGGCAGUUUCCUACCAAGCACCGCAUGGAGACAGAGCCAGCUAACCGAAACCCCAUUUCUCAUCCUACCCGUCAAUCUGAUGACAACGAUGGUGGUCUGUAUCAGCAGAUACAUGUUCACUGCUGCUGGGAUGCGGGGGAUAGGUGACUGGUUUGGAGAGACGACGAAUACGAUGACGAAGAUUUUCGUGUUUUUCCUCACUGCGGUAGGACUUUUUAGGUUUGUAAUACAGGACACGCCGAUUCAAGUCGGCCCAUUAGAAGGAUGAAAUGCUACUAUAGUCACGUAGACUGGAGAAGGACUCGUUUUCUAUAUAAAUAGUCAAGAUGAAA